AGGUUCGGCGAGUCGCUCGGAGCUGGUUGAGCUCAGUUCCGCUCCUUUGCCUGGCCGUCGCUCGGGGCUCCCGCGGAGCCAUUGGUGGCCUAGUGUGGGAGCAGCGCGGAGCGGCUCGGAAGCAGAGUCUCUUGGCUCUGGGGCCCGCAACUUCCAAGGAGUUCUCGAAUCCAGUUGGAGACCCCCACGGUUUUCCCCUCCAAUCACGGCGGAGUCGGUCAAGCCCACCCACUGCCGUGUUGUCAUCUAUUUGCAGAAGGAGAUGUCCGGCGACACCUGCUUAACCAGCCUCUGCCCAGCUUCGGGAGCAAAGCCGAAAAGGUGCAGCGCCAAAAUCGGCACCCUUGGCAAUAAGUACGUGCGGCUCAACGUUGGGGGCUCCUUGUAUUACACCACCGUGCAGGUGCUGACACGCCACGACACCAUGCUGAAAGCCAUGUUCAGCGGAAGGAUGGAGGUGCUCUCCGACAAGGAAGGUUGGAUCCUGAUCGACCGCUGUGGGAAGCAUUUUGGAACCAUCUUAAAUUACCUUCGGGACAACACGGUCAUUCUACCCAAGAACCGGCAGGAAAUCAAGGAGCUGAUGGCUGAAGCCAAAUAUUACCUCAUUCAGGGCUUGGUGGACCUCUGUCAAGCUGCCUUGCAGGACAAGAAAGAGACCUACCACCCAGUCUGCAAUAUCCCUGUCAUCACUUCUCCGAAAGAGGAAGAGAGGCUCAUUGAAUCAGCCAUGAAGCCAGUGGUGAAGCUCCUUUAUAACCGAAGUAACAACAAAUACUCCUACACAAGCAACUCCGACGACAAUCUCCUGAAGAACAUCGAACUCUUUGACAAGCUCUCGCUCCGAUUCAACAAGAGGGUACUUUUCAUCAAGGACGUCAUCGGGGACGAGAUCUGCUGCUGGAGUUUCUUUGGCCAGGGGCGGAAGCUGGCUGAAGUCUGUUGCACCUCCAUUGUUUACGCCACGGAAAAGAAGCAAACGAAGGUCGAAUUCCCUGAGGCCCGCAUCUACGAGGAAACGCUUAACAUCCUGCUAUAUGAGACUCCCCGGGUGCCUGACAAUUCCUUACUGGAGGCCACGAGCCAAAAUCGGAGCCAGGCCUCCCGCGGGGAAGACGAGGAUGGCAACUACGAGCCGCGUGAGCGAGUCAGGCGCAUUCACGUCAAGCGAUACAGCACCUACGAUGACCGGCAGAUAGGCCAUUAGGGUCCCAGGGGGCCCACCCAGAGCCCCUCCUUCCACAUGGGGUGGGGGAAGGGCACGUGGCUUUGGCACUGGAGUCCCCUCAUGGGCCCAGAUCUUCCAGGAGGGCAGCUUACAUUUCAGCCACACUGCGAUAUAGUUUGCAAAACGUGACUACCACCACCACCCACCCCGAUGCCAAGUUACAACUGGGGGCGAAAGGGCAACCUUGUGGGUUUGGAGCCCAUCCCUUGGCUGUUUUGUGUGGAAUUUCAUGGGCUCCUUUUCUGCCUCAAGACUUCCUGAAGACCUCCGUGCUUUUGAAAACAAAAAUCCAGAUGCUGAGACCAAAGAAUCACACUGAAACACUACAUUGCGACUACACUACAGUUGAAACACUACAGUUUUCUAGCUCCUGUUCCACUUUCCCAGAGAAGACCUGGGUAGCUGUGACUGUUUUUUUUUUUCUCCUUUACCACAAUGUGAUUUAAAAACAAUUUUUUGUUUUGCCAUAACUUGGCAACUUCUGAUGCCACCUCAGCUAGAAUCCUUGGGGCUGAAUUGUUGCUGGGAAUAACUGGAAAUCAACUU